CGCUCACUCGGUUCCGGUUGCCUUUCUGUCCGUAGCGGUCCCGGAAGCCACUGUCCCCGGCCCGGCCUGGCUGCGCUCCGUGUGGCCCUCCCCCUCCUCCUGCGCCGGGGCCUCCUCUCCCCUCCCCCCGGAGCCAUGCCGGGCCCCCAGGCUGGGAGCAGAGCCCGGGUCUAUGCCGACGUCAACAGCCUGAGGAGCCGCGAGUACUGGGACUAUGAGGCGCACGUCCCCACCUGGGGAAAUCAGGAAGAUUAUCAGCUGGUUAGAAAACUCGGUCGCGGCAAGUACAGCGAGGUGUUUGAAGCCAUAAAUAUCACAAACAAUGAGCGUGUUGUGGUCAAGAUCCUUAAGCCAGUAAAGAAGAAGAAGAUUAAGCGAGAGGUUAAAAUUCUGGAGAAUUUACGGGGUGGCACCAACAUCAUCCGGCUUCUUGACACAAUCAAGGAUCCAGUGUCCAAGACUCCAGCCCUUGUCUUUGAAUACAUCAAUAACACGGACUUUAAGCAGCUUUAUCAGGUCCUCACAGACUAUGACAUUAGAUUUUACAUGUACGAACUGCUAAAGGCCUUGGAUUACUGCCACAGCCAGGGGGUCAUGCACCGCGAUGUGAAGCCUCAUAAUGUAAUGAUUGAUCAUCAGCAGAAAAAGCUCCGGUUGAUAGACUGGGGCCUGGCAGAGUUUUACCAUCCGGCACAGGAAUACAAUGUGCGAGUGGCUUCUCGUUACUUCAAGGGUCCUGAGCUGUUGGUGGAUUACCAGAUGUAUGACUACAGUCUGGACAUGUGGAGCCUGGGCUGUAUGUUGGCCAGUAUGAUCUUUCGUAAGGAGCCAUUCUUCCACGGCCAAGACAAUUAUGACCAGCUGGUAAGGAUUGCCAAAGUGCUGGGCACUGAUGAGUUAUUUGGAUACCUUAAGAAAUAUCACAUAGAGCUCGAUCCUCACUUUAACGACAUCCUGGGCCAGCACUCACGGAAACGCUGGGAGAACUUCCUGCACAGUGAGAACAGACACCUAGUGAGUGCAGAGGCUCUGGACAUGUUGGAUAAAUUACUGCGUUACGACCAUCAGCAGAGACUGACGGCACGGGAGGCCAUGGAGCACCCUUACUUCUAUCCAGUUGUGAAGGAGCAGCAAGUGCAGGCAGACAGCUCUCUGGUCCCUAGCAGCCUGUCAGCCACUCGAUGAGGACUAAGGAUUGUGGGAUGCCGCUGUGGUUCUCACUAUGUUUCCGUGAGCAGGACCAGAUCCUGGCAUGAGUUGCCGUAAAUGCGUGCAGCCUGGGGCGAAUUCAGCGGCACUGCUCCCCAGAAUCCUUCUAUUUGGUCACUGAGAUACAACAAUGGACAGUCUGCGUUCUCACUUGUUGGACUGUGACCCCAGACCUCUCCCAUUCCUUUCUUACCUCGGAGGGUAGGAAGAUUUGGAGUCUGCAUAAAUAUGUACCUUGGUUGACCCUUUGCCUUUUGGACAGCACUUCCUUGUAGAGCUGGUCAGGUAUUUCUGAGCAGAUCUUGCAGGGAUGUGAGAGUCGGCCAGUAGAUCGCAGGCUUUGAGGGAAUGAUUGCCAGGAUAAAGACUGAUUACUGCGCGGUUCCUUGUUUGUCAUUGUAUGAAGUGGAGCAGUUUGUUACAGGGUAAUACUAUGACAGAUGCAGCAAUACCCCCUGUACCACAAGAUUAUUCUUAUUAUUUUUAACAUUAUCCAGGGACCUUGUAGGUUUUAAGGCCAUGAUUUGUGAGUUUGAAAGCUCUAUAUUUCCAGUCUUAAUUUUCUGUUUUUCUGCAGAGCCGGCAAAUUUUGGUGACCGUGCUAAAAGGAGAAAUUAGCCGCACGUCGAGACUGCCAUUUUAGUUUAGAGACUGUACCCAUUUUGGUUCUCUUGUAUUGAGUUUUGGUCAUGUUUAGUUCCAACGCUGGGACUGAGCUCAGGAGAACGUGCAUAUAUAGACCAGUUAUCCCAUGUGAAUGUUUGUUUGUUUUUGCCUUUUGGUUAAUGGACAAUCCGUGUAAUGGGCACCUUCAGAUACCUAGAGUCACCCUUUUCUGCCAGGCAGGACAGCGACUUUGUAAUCUACUCCUGGCCCCUUUAACCUGCCCAGCAUAGGACAUCCGUUAUACUGCUCCCAGGGUGGAGGGUGUGACCACCCACGUGGUUUUCACCCGUUCUCUUAUCACAUUCAAGCUACCUCGGUAACUGGCUCUGCUGCAGCGUGGGAGCCCGGCCGCUGCAUUCUCUGCUUCUUAGUCUACGGCUGUGAGUUUGGAAUAGACUUUCCUGGGGGGAAGACAGUGUUUCAGUGUUUUUAUUUUUUAUUAUUUCCUUGUGUAAGCUCAUGGGGUCAUUAAGUCUGCAAGUUUGGGCUGUGGUACACUGUGCUAUCAUUGACUAGUCCUUCCAGUGAUACAGGGUACAGCAGUUCCCCCUGACACGGUCUAUAAAUUGAUCCAGUCGCCUCGGAGAUGGAGAGGUCUACAAACCCUUCAUUUUAAUAAACCCUUUCCACUGUCUGGGUGGUAAAGUGGAAACUCAUAUAUUACAAUAUGGGCGCUUCAUGUGCAACCUUAACCCUCCGAGGGUCUGCAUACCAGGACAGGGCAUUCCUGUCUUACCUUCCCUUUGAUUCCCAGUAACGAUGGGCCCUUGUGGGCAUAUAGAGUGUUAGGUACACAUUGACCCAAACAGUACUGUCUCCCACCUCUUGGAAUCCAGUCUAUAAAUACCUCUGAUAAGCA